AUGGACGAGAAGACCACCAAGAUGAUGGUAGCAUCUUACAGCCAAUUUGCCUGCGUGGGCGCUGGUCUGAGUGCUAUCGCUCUCGGAGCCACCCUGAAGCGAUGGUACCAGAUGGACGAUAUCAGAUUCUUCGAACGGCAUAGCGACUGUGCAGGAACGUGGCACAUCAGUUCUUAUCCAGGUUGUGCCUGUGACGUUCCAAGUGCGCUUUACAGCUUCUCGUUUGCUCUCAACGCCAAAUGGACGAAGCUUAUGCCUUCGUACAAAGAGAUCAAAGCGUAUCAGCAUGAGGUGGCCGAUACCUACAGCUUGCGCGAGAAGAUGGCCUUCCGCACUGAAGUUCAGGAAUGCAUCUGGCGAGAAGAUGCCUCAAGAUGGUUGAUGAUCAUUCGGAACCUGGACACUGAUGGAAUAUUCUAUCAUGAGUGCCAGAUAUUGUUCGCUGCCACAGGGCAAUUGGUUGAGCCUCGACCCUGUGAAAUUCUAGGCGCGCCAUUGUUCAAGGGUGCAAUCUUUCACUCCGCGAGGUGGAAUCACGAUGUUGAUCUUGAAGGAAAGAAGGUUGUGGUUAUUGGGAAUGGAUGUACCGCGGCCCAAAUCGUGCCAUCUAUCGUCGACCGUACCCAAUCACUGACCCAGAUCGUCCGCAGCAAACACUGGAUAUUUCCAGCGCACAACUUCUCAUACCCAACCGUCCUGCAAUGGAUCUUCCACUACAUCCCCCUAGCUAUGAAAUUACAUCGGUUUCAUAUCUUCCUAAUCGCAGAAAGCGACUUCCUUAUGUUUCCAAUGACAAAGCUAGCGGCUCGAAUGCGUCAGAUGAAACGAACAUGGGCCGAAAGGUAUAUGCGAAAGGCUGCACCUGCAAAGUAUCACGGCAUUCUCAUCCCCGAUUUUGACGUGGGAUGCAAGCGUCGAAUCUUCGACUGCGGAUACCUCGAGUCCCUACACAACGACAAAUUGUGCCUCACAGAUGCACCAAUUGUUGAAAUCGUGCCAGAUGGAAUCGUCACUACAGAUGGAUUCGUGCCUGCAGACGUGAUUGUUCUGGCAACUGGUUUUCAAACAAACAAAUUCGUGCCCUAUACCCAGAUCAAAGGCCAGAGCGGCAAGACACUCAAUCAGCACUGGAGCCGUCAUGAUGGCCCGGGAGCAUACAACUGCUCUAUCAUGAGUGGGUUUCCUAACUUUUUCCUUCUGCUCGGACCCAACGCUGCCACAGGACAUACAUCUGCCGUCAUGGCGGUGGAGAACUCAGUGAAUUACGCGCUCCGCGUCCUAAAACCUGUUUUGAAAGGGGACGCAGCAUAUGUCGACCUCAAGCCGGAAGCAGAAGGCGAAUACAUCAUGAAGAUGCAGGAAGCCUUGAGAAACCGCGUGUGGCAUACUGGGUGCAACUCUUGGUAUGUUAACGAAAAGUCAUGGAAUGCGAUGUCCUAUCCUUGGUCGCAGGCACAUUACUGGUGGCGCAGUCUGUUUCCGACAUGGUCCGAUUGGAAUAUCAAGGCAGCACAGAAGCCUAAGAACGUUUUGGCAAGUGCACAACUGGGAAUUGGCUUGGUAUCCCUCGUGGGGGUAGCGAUUGUUGUUUUGAAAGAGCCAACAAUUUGGGAGACCGUUUUAGGGUCAGUGAGGAGUGUGAUGUCUACCUAUGUGGCAUAG